CGUCAUAAAACGUCUAAGUGCGUUCUAGAUGAAUCAAUGGCGGGCCUUUCAUAAAUGAAUUCAUCUUUUUCACAAUGAAUAUAAUUUAUAAAAGUCAGCUCUUUGCCAUCUGUUUGUAUAUUGUCCCUUUGAUAUAUGCCGUACCAACUCUUGUACUUGAUCCAAAUUAUUCACCUCCAUCGUCAAUCCCAGCUGAUGCUGAUAGAAUAUACAGUGUGUCAUUAGGACAUAUCAUUAGUAAAGGUGUCAUUGCCAGAUUGGACGAUGGAACAGGAACAACAAUUACAGACACAGCCGGCUUGACCUUUACUGUGACCUCAAUAGAUUCAACUGGUGCAUCUCCUGACACAUUUGCAACUGGUGGAGCUAACCUUUGUCAGUAUGCCAACAGAAGAGAAUAUCCGAACACGUAUGAAGGCAGAGAUUAUAAAUUCUACUGUAAUACGACUAGUCCCAGUAUGGUUAUAGAAGGUAUCCCUUUGCAUGAUGGGGUUCUAACAGCUGAUGGAUUAUACCAUGUACACACAGCUUUACCCCCAAACAACCGCCAAUUUGUUUUGUCCAUGGAUUAUCUUGGAACCACUCUAUCUGUAACAACAAAUGCAGUUGAAAUAACAACUGCUGCAGCCAAGAUGGGGAUAACGGUCUGGCCUUCAACUGGAACAGUGGCCAAUACAGAUUUUGACAUAACUGUUGAAAUACAAGAUAGUGCCGGUGUCAAAGUGGCAACAGGUAUUGAUGCCACACUUCCUGUUAUGUUGCAAGUGGCAUGGUUUGAAGAUUUACAGUUGUUUAAUGGAAAGGCACCACUCGAGGACAUGUUGUAUGAAACAAAGGAAAGACUUUCAGGAACAGAUGCCAAACUAAGUCGAUCCAACUACCAGAUGUACAUCGAUAAAAGAGCUGUAGCUGGUGAAGUGACUUUUACUGGUGUCCGUUUGUUAGAUGUCCACAGCUGUGCCAAGUUGAAUUUAACCAUGAGAAUGCCAAAUUAUCCACAUUCUAGAAUGCCAAAUACCUACAAUGAUUUCAUAAUGAAUAAGGUAUUCUUCGAUCUCUAUGCCAGUGAUGCAACAAAAUCUAAAAUUUUGUUUCAUAUGAAUGGAACAAGCGAUGGAGCUGUAUUUGUGACAGACUGUAUACCAGUGACAGAGCAGACGGCCACUGCAUUAGAGAUAGUAACACCUUCAGGUGAUAUCAUUCCAAAGAUUGGUGCCAACUUUCCCAUUGAAAGUCCCAUUGUCAUACGGGCACUUGAUGCAUCAGGAGAAAGGGUUUACUCCGGUUCUGAUUCCACUUUAAACAUAACAGGUACAGCUGAUGUUUCCGUAUGCCUUAGUGAUGACCUUCAGACAAUUCCAAUGUCAGAAGGGUUAGCUACUGUAGUAGGCUCUAUAUGUGAGCCUCAUGCAGCCGUCACCCUGAGCUUUGAUGCCACCAGUGUUGUCACUCCUGGACCACUCUCUCAAGUUCAGGUGGGGCCUGUGGAAGUGACCAAUGAGAUUCAUCUUGCUGCUUAUUAUUCGAACUAUGAUUCUGGAUCUAGUUCCAAUACAGGAGCUUUCUCAGAAUCUUUUGCCGUGUAUGCAGUGGAGGAUAUUAAUGCAGGAGUUAUGUACCCCACUAUAUUACCAGGUAGACAACUGACCAUGCAUUCAUACAAUACCAAGAACAGCCCAGUUGUGACUACAACAGCUUUUAUGGAGAUGUUAGAUCAUGCUAAGAAAACACCCAAUGAAAGAGUAAGAGGGAUCGUAGGAUUUGGCAGCAACACAGUAACAAAAGGAGUUUCCUCCCUUUUAAAUUUAUACCAAAUGCCAAAUAUAGCCACAAAUGAAGAUGAGUUUUCCUUCAGUGAAAAGAGUGCUUAUCCCUAUUACAACAGAUUAUCAUGGAACAUGGGAUCUCUAUCUCACAGUGUCAUGAUGUCGUGUCGAAACAGAGGCUGGAAAUAUAUGAGCAUCAUAAGGACUGUGGACUUUACUAUUGACACUAUUUUCUUUGAGAAGGCCAAACAGUUUGGUAUUACAAUCUUAGCAGAGGUGGCUAUUCCAAAAGUAUGGGGAGCUACUUAUACACCUAAUGCCUUCAACAGUUCCUUAGAGAAGAUCAAAGAUGCAGGGAGUCGUAUUGUCUGGAUGUUUGUGAUGCCACCAGUCAGCUAUUAUUUCAUGAGAGAAGCUAUUGAUAAAGGAAUGGGCGGUAUAGAUGGAUGGCAAUGGAACAUGUUGGGUCUGUUUGGAUGGGCCUUUCCUUGGGCAAACCAAGGUCCAACAUGUAUGGGAAAUAUAACCUGUUCACAAGGUAUGGUCGGUGGUCACUGCUGGAUUGUUGGCUAUGAUAUGACCAUGGAGACUCCUGUAUGGAGAGGCCUGAUAGAAAAACAUCGUCAUGCCUUCAGGAAGGAUUAUCUUGGAACUGUUCCUAAACUACCUUUCACUGAAAUUCUUGCUGAAUAUUCCCUUGCAUAUGAUGCUGUCAAAAUGUUUGGAAUGGCCAUGUCAAAAUUAAUUAAUGAUUCUAGGACUAUAACAGGACCAAGACUUACAGAUGAAAUAAGAAAUAUUUAUAUGGAAAAGAGUUUAACAGGUGAACUACAAUUAAAUGCAAAUGGCGAUAGACCAGGAUAUAUUGGAGUCAUUGUGAAUGUAAAUCCACAUCCGUUCUCAUGGCCAGAGCACAUUAAUGCUUAUCCACCCACUACAGCCAUGUUCACUAGAAUGAUAUUUAUGGACAGUGAUACAGCAACCUCACAGAGAGAAUAUAGCAUGCAGGCUAAACGUCCAAUGGAUAUGAUAUACGGGAUGGAAGUAGCUAACUAUACCAUAGCUUUUACAAAAUAUACAAACUUAAGGCGGUUUAAUGGUUCCGAAGGAAGAAUUGGAACAUGGUCUUUAAAACUAGAGCAAUUGCCAUCACUUAAUGGAACAGCAGUAACAGAAGAAAUAAUUGAAAAGAGUGUGGCCCCUUUUUAUUGUACAGGAGGUUGUGGAGGAAACAGAACUGAUGAUUUUGACAUAACACUUUAUGAGUUUGGUCACUGUGCCAGCUUCAAUAUUUGCGAGUGUAACGAAGGUUACUAUGGCUUAUCAUGUCAGGACAUGACCUGUAACUGUGUAAAUGGAGAAUGUCUUAUUCCAUUAGUAUGUGUGUGUGAAAAUGGAUGGACUGGAUCAAGAUGUGAAGUACCAAUCUGUGGUUUUGACUGUGGAGAUGGUAAAUGUUCGGGACCAGAUACCUGUAAAUGUAACUCUGGAUCUGUAGGAGCACAAUGUAACCAGUCCAUAUAUGUCGUGACGAUCAUUCCAAUAUUAUGUUUUAUAAUAUUUAUUGUUAUCUUGGUCUUCCUCAUCAGAUGGUUAUUAAAAAGACAUCAUUUACGUCAAGCUUUGAAGAACUUAGAUUGGCUGAUAAAAUGGGACGAAGUAGUUGUUGGUGACACCAGAGCCAUGAGUAUUAUGUCCACAGCUGGUGAUGAUUUUGCUACAUCUGCUAAAAGUAAUAUGUGCACUUGGAGAAGUCAAAAGUGUUAUAUCCAGAAAUUCAACUGUGAUACUUUGUCAGUGGAAGAUGAAAAUCUGAGAAUGGAAGUUGUCGCCAUCAGAGAAUUGCGUCACAAUAACUUGGUUCAGUUUGUUGGUGCCUGUUUGGAAUAUCCUAAUGUGUGUUUACUGUCAGAAGUUACACCAAAGGGAAGCUUGGAAGAUCUUUUAUCCAAUGACAAUGUUAAACUUGGAUGGGACUUUAAAUUCUCCUUACUAAAAGACAUCUGUCGUGGAAUGCACUUCCUCCAUUUAUCAGAGAUACAAUCCCAUGGAAGACUCAAGUCAUCAAAUUGUCUAGUAGAUAAUAGAUGGACAUGUAAAAUAUCAGGAUUUGGUUUACCCAGUCUUAGAUACAAUGGACCUAGAAAGAAGUUACCUGAUGAUGACGAAUUUACUGAAAAGAAAUUAACCUCAUUGUUUUGGACAGCUCCAGAAUUGUUGCCAGGCUGCAAAAAUAUUGAUGGUGUUAAACAGGGGACUAAGCAUGGAGAUGUGUACUCGUAA